GCGUCUGCUGCUGUUUUGUGAAUUCACUUGGUUGGAGAGUAAAAUCUGUGUUUAAACUUUUCUUGUUAAGGCUAAAUUGUAAUAUUUAAAUUGGGUUGGAAAUAAAGAAGGAAGAAGGCGGGGGAAAAAUACUUCCCUUAAAGACCUUUUAUGUAAUUUCCUUUAGAACGGAAAAUAUUAAUCCUUAACCAUCCUCUUUGGGAAACAAAGGACCAACUGCAAAAAUGACACUGAAAGUUAUGGAAUUUUGAGAACAGAUGCAUUAACUGGAUAGCGGACUCUUGAAAAUGGAUGUGUAACAGGCAGAUAAAGAUAAUUGCAUGAUGAAUUGGAUUAUUAUUUUACGUCUAACAAUUCUGUUAGGCGUAUGGUUAUUAUGUGCUUCAGACAAUGUUUUUUCAAGGAAGACAGGACUUCCACAGAGGAGGUUCACUGGUGUCGGAAGAAACAAGGACUUAAGAGAAAGGACCCGUCCCCAAGGUAUGCUAAGGGGUGACGGUCAAGUCCCAGCAAGGACAAAUUUACAGGAAGGGCAAAGGCCUGCUGUCAAAAAAACCCAGAUCAGAAUGUUGAAGGAUGAUAGUGCAACAGUUGCACGUUCAAGAAUGGUACGUUUUCAUUCAACUUCCAAUUCACCUAACAUCCUUGCUAGUUUUGCUGGAAAAAAUAGGGUUUGGGUUAUAUCAGCACCUCAUGCAUCAGAUGGCUAUUACCGCCUUAUGAUGAGCCUUCUAAAAAAUGAUGUAUACUGUGAACUUGCAGAGAGACAUAUCCAGCAGAUUGUUUUAUUCCAUGAAGAAGGCGAAGAAGGAGGCACAAUUAGGAGAAUUACAAAUGAAGGAAAAAUUUUGGAACAGCAACUUGAUCCAUCUAUUGUUCCAAAGAUGAUGAAUUCUCUGAAACUUGAAAAAGGAAAAUUUGGUAUGGUUCUGCUUAAAAAGACUUUACAAGUUGAGGAAAGAUAUCCUUAUCCCGUACGUUUAGAAGCUAUGUAUGAAGUUGUUGACCAAAGUCCCAUAAGAAAAAUAGAAAAACUCAGGCAAAAAGGAUUUGUCCAAAAAUGUAAAGCAGCCGGAGUUGAGGGACAAGUAAUAGAAGAUGGAGAGAACAGUAGUAGCAAUGGUGGUAGAAGUCCAAAACCCACAAAGGCUAGUGAGACUGUACAAUUAUCACCAAAGAAAGAGGAACCUAAAAAAAAAUUUGUACAACCAACCAGAAUUUCUAAAGUUAAGAUGACAAAAAAAUCAACAACCCCACCAACACCAUCAACUACACUGAGAACAACGGCACUUCCUCCAAUAAAGGCAACUACCCGGAUUUUUACAACUGCUACAAGACCACCAACAACAGUUCCUACAACAGUACUACCAACAACUCAAAAAACAUGGACUACCAAGAUUUAUACCACUCCUCAAACUGAAGUAACUACAAGGGAGGCAGAAAUGCCAAACCAAUAUUUUCCUGUGAGAACAGACAGACACAAAGAUAGGCAGUUUGCUUCUACAAGCAGAACAAAUAAACCAAUGGUUCACGCAUCCCAUACAGAGGCUCCCAUUAUUACAACAACUACAACAGAGAUCUAUACAAAAGAAAACACAGCACGGUUUACAGAUAAUCACACAGAUAGAAAGGAUACCAGUUCUCAUGAUACAAUGCCAAGCCAAAAGAAACCUUCAAAGCCAAAGACACCUAAAAAGAAAGCAACAGAAAAAAUCCUAAACAACGAAUAUGAGGAUAAAUUUGAUAACAGGAAGCCUACUACAUCGUAUGUGGAAGAGGGUACAGAGGAUUCUAAUAUUCCACAGAAAAAAGGAAAAGAUCAAAAAAAGGAAGAAAAAAAUGAUAAAAUAGAAAAAAAGAAAAAGAAAAAUGAAAAGCCUGAUAAACCUCCUAAGAAAGAAAAACAAGCUAAAAAAGAGAAAAUGGAGAAAAAGACUAAACCAGAAAAGGACCGUACUAAGAAAAAUAAAAAGGGUGGUAAAAAUGACAAUGAAGGGAUUACUAAACCUGUAACAAAACCUUUUGUAGAUAGUCCAAAGAGAUCAUUGGCAACGUUCCUUGCACAAUUUGAAGGAAAACGAAGGCUACUGCUCAUUACAGCACCAAAGGAGGAGAACAACAUGUAUUCCCAGCAACGUGAUGAGUAUCUGGAGACAGUCUGUGAAAUGGCCAUAAGGAAAAUCUCAAUUAUUACCAUUUUUGGAACCAUGGCAAACAGCAGCAUGAAAAUCGACCACUUCCAACUAGAUAACGAAAAGCCAAUGAAAGUGAUUGGGGAUGAUGAUCUACUGGACCUCAGCCUAAUAACUGAAUUGAGAAAAGAAUACGGAAUGACGUACAAUGAUUUUUUUAUGGUGCUUACAGAUUUAGACAUGAGAGUUAAGCAAUACUAUGAAGUGCCCAUCGCCAUGAAGUCUGUGUUUGAUAUAAUAGAUACUUUCCAAUCACGAAUCAAAGAAAUGGAGAAACAAAAAAGAGACGGCAUCACAUGUAAAAAAGAAGAUAAGGCUCGUUCACUGGAAAACUUUCUUUCUAGAUUCCGCUGGCGAAGGCGAUUAUUUAUUAUCUCGGCACCCAGUGAUGAGGAAUGGGCUUAUCAGCAACAGUUAUAUGCACUGACUGGACAAGCUUGUAAUAUGGGUUUGCGUCACUUGGCAAUGCUGAAGAUGGUAGGCAUUGGCGCUGAAGGUAGCGGUGUGUUAGAACUCUAUCCUAUAAAUGGAAGCUCUAGCGUUGAAAGAGAAGACCUUUCUGCUAAUUUGGUGAAAGACAUUAGAAACUAUUUUCAAGUCAGUCCUGAAUAUUUUUCCAUGCUUCUUGUUGGGAAAGAUGGCAAUGUCAAGUCUUGGUAUCCUUCACCAAUGUGGUCUAUGGCAAUUGCUUAUGAUUUAAUUGACUCUAUGCAACUCCGACGACAGGAAAUGGCCAUUCAGCAGUCUCUGGGAAUGCGCUGCCCAGAAGAUGAGUAUGGCGGCUACCAUGGUUACCAUGGUUAUCCUCACCAGGGAUAUGAAGAAGGUUAUCAGGAUGACUAUCGACAUCAUGAGGGAUACUAUCACAGAUACCAUGAUUAACUGAAAAUUUACCACAUGACAAAAAAAAACUGGCUACAAUUCUAGAAAGAAAAUUGUAUGUGUAAAUUGAAAUCCGGUUGCUAUUUCUUUAUUACAGUCUAAAUACAAUCUACCAUUUAUAUUUUCCUUUUUAAGAAACUGGAUUAGACUAAGACUAUUGUCUAAUUAUUUUUUCUUUGUUUAUGACUGAAAUCAUAUCAUAGAGUUUAGGCUAUUUUAUUCUCAUAUGUUUUAAAUUGUAUUUAUUGUAAAUGUGAUAACCAUGAACAUUGAAGUAUAUGUCUGUUGACAUAUAUAAAAAACAUAUAUUGUUUUACUAGAAGAUAUAUGCACAAGAGCAGUCUCUUACAGUAUUUCGCAAUCUUACAGAUGUAUAAAAGAUUAUUGGUUCUUCGGUGCAUUUCUCCUUGCAUGUACUGAAGCUGGCAAAUUUUUUCAUUGUCUACGGAUUAUUAUUUUUUUACAAUUUUUGUAGAAAAAUUGUGCUUUUUGCAGACUUUAGAAUAAUGCGCAAUAAAUUCACAUACCAUGCAUUCUUAAAAGUACAUCCAUAAAUGAUUAAAGGGUAUUUAUAGAUAAUAACCAACAAUAUCACAUUAAGAACCAAAAAUCAGAA